AAGAAAAUGGAUCUCUUACUCUCCACUAAUAAACAAUAAAUUCCAUAAAUCCUCCAAAACAAAACCACCCAUUAAUCAUUCCUCAGAAGACAGACAGUUUGUCUUUUUAAUUUAUUUGAUUCGAGAUGAAGAUGAAGAUGAAGAUGAAGAUGAAGAUGAAGAUGACGAUGAAGAUUCAAUUGGCAUUUACUGUAGCUUCCAUUAUUCUGAUUUCAAUGGUGGAUUCUAGAGCUUGUAAUUUUCCGGCCAUUUAUAAUUUCGGCGAUUCCAAUUCCGAUACCGGUGGAAUCUCCGCCGCGUUUUACCCUACCAUAUUGCCCUGCGGUCAGACGUUCUUCCACAAAACCGCCGGUCGGGGCUGCGACGGCCGCCUCAUCAUCGAUUUCUUCGCUAAGCAUCUAGAGUUGCCCUAUCUAAGUGCGUACCUCAAUUCUAUCGGAACGAAUUUUCGACAUGGUGCAAAUUUUGCAACUGGUGGUUCCACAAUUCGACGUCAGAAUGAAUCAGUAUUUGAGAAUGGAGUUAGUCCGUUUCCACUCGAUAUUCAAGUCGUCCAGUUUCGUCAAUUUAAAAAUCGCACAAUUGAUCGAUAUUUGCACACUACAACACUAGAUGGCUCCAUUAGAAGCAGUCUUCCAGUACCGGAAGAAUUCUCAAAGGCUCUUUUCACCAUCGACAUUGGCCAAAACGAUCUAUCUGCUGGAUUUCGAAAAAUGACGAACGACCAAUUUCAAAAAGCGAUUCCUGAUAUCAUCAAUGAAUUUGCAACCGCUGUUGAAGAUUUAUAUAAAGAAGGAGGAAGGGCAUUUUGGGUACACAACACAGGGCCCAUUGGGUGCAUUCCGGUUGCGAUUCACAGCAUUUCCAAACCCAACCCAGGAGAUUUGGAUCAAAACGGAUGCGUUAAGUACCAAAACAACGCAGCUUUGGAGUUCAAUAGACAGCUUAAAGAACGAGUCGUUAAGUUAAGAGCAAAACUCUUAGAUGCCUUCAUUGUUUAUGUGGAUGUGUACGCAGCUAAGAUCAAACUCAUAGCUAAUGCAAAGGAAGAAGGAUUUAUGGAGAAGGGGGCAAUAUGUUGUGGAUAUCACGAGGGGGUUGAUCAUGUUUGGUGCGGCAACAAAAAAAUCAUAAAUGGCAGCGAAGUGUAUGCUGGAUCUUGUAAAGAUCCUUCCAAAUUUAUAAGUUGGGAUGGAGUCCACUAUACCGAAGCAGCAAACCAAUGGAUUGCUAAUCAAAUUGUUGAUGGCUCCUUUUCAGACCCCCAAGUUCCCAUCAUCCACGCUUGUCCUUCAUUUUCUGUCGUUUGAUCAUGUUUCUACGCCUACGCCUACCUACCAU